AUGGACAAAUUAACUGAUAAAGAGGAACAACGUUUUCAAAGAACCAAGUUUUGUCAAAAAUGUUCAAAACAUUUUAAAAACAAUAAUUUGGUUAAAGUUGGAGAUCACUGUCAUUUUACUGGCAAAUAUAGGCAAUGUCUCUGUCUUCAAUGUAAUUUCGAAAUAACUAGUCCAUCGUUUGUUCCAAUAUUCUUUCAUAAUUUAUCUUAUGAUAGUCACUUCAUAAUUCGGGAACUAGGUUGCGAUGAUAAAGAUAUUCAUAUUAUUCCUAAUUCAUCGGAAAAAUAUAUAUCCGUUAGCAAGGAAAUCGCACCUAGAUUUAGUAUUAAAUUUGUCGAUACAUUCCGUUUUAUGAGUGAGUCGCUAAGUAAACUAGCAGCCAAUUUAUCUGAAGAUAAGUUGAGGCUUAGAGAAACCCUAAAAAUAUUUUCAAUCAAAUCAUUAGAUUUAGUUACACGGAAAGGAGUCUUCCCUUACGAAUAUGUCGAUAGUUGGAGUAAAUUAGACAAUGCUAUUUUACCAUCAAAGCUUGAAUUUUAUAACUCGUUAACAGAUGAACAAAUUAGUGAUGAAGAUUAUAGACAUGCAAAAAAUGUAUGGAAUACAUUUGACGUAAAGACUUUGGGUGAAUAUAGCGAUCUUUAUUUAAAAACUGAUGUUACCAUACUAGCUGACGUGUUCGAAAAUUUUAGAGACAUAUGUUUAUCUACUCUCAGAAUAGAUCCUGCUCAUUAUAUGACUGCCCCUGGAUUUGCUUUUGAUUGUAUGCUCAAGUAUACAAAGGUUAAAUUAGAGAGGUUAAAGGAUUAUAAUAUGUUACUCUACUUCGAAAAAUCAAUCCGAGGAGGUAUUUGUCAAUCAACUAAAAGAUAUGCUAAAGCAAACAUACCAAAUAUUGAAGGAUUGGACUAUAAUUCGAAUGAACCGAUUACUUGGAUUACAUAUCUCGACUGUGUAAAUUUAUAUGGAAAGUCUAUGUUGACAGAACUACCUUUUAAAGAUUUUGAAUGGGUUGAUGAUCUCGACAUAGAUGUAACUAAAAUUUCUGAAGAUUCUGAAGUAGGAUAUACAUUAGAAGUUGAUAUCGAGUACCCUAAACAUUUACAUAAAACCCAUAAUGAUUUUCCGUUUUUACCGUUUAACGAAUGCCCACCAAAUUCGAAAGUUGAGAAAUUGUUAACUACUCUAUCACCGAAAAAAAACUAUAUUGUACAUUACAAAAAUUUAAAACAAGCGAUUUCUCACGGUCUUAAAUUAGUAAAAAUUCAUCGAGCUAUCCGCUUUUCACAAAAAAAACAAUAA